UGUCUUGAAAAUGACUUGGAGGUUUCUUUUGUGAGCGGUCUUUGUUUUUAUUUGCUGAUAUCACUAGCUCGGCCCUCGCUGAUGAACCUAAAGUCGAAUUCUUGGUGAAUUUGAUGACAGAUAUCUCAGCAUAUGGAUCAUGCGUCCAGUUCAUUUGGUUCUCAGCACAUGGUAGAUAUUUAAGGUGCAGUUUUCUGCUCAAUCUUUUUGUCCGAGUUCGAUUAGAAAGGCGAAAGGAAGUGAUCAUAUGGGCAGAGAAAUGAGCUCAAGGCAGACUUCAUCAUCAAGAAACCACUUAGCAGAAGUAGAGCAAGUGAUGAAGGACGGAGCUAAAAUGCUACCAUAUCAUAAGUUGUUUUCUUUUGCUGACUCCUUCGAUUACUUCCUCAUGUUUCUCGGCACAAUUGCUGCCAUCGAAAAUGGGAUUGCCACGCCACUUAUGACUGUUCUGUUUGGAGAUCUAAUUGAUUCUGUUGGGAAAAAUUUCGACACCUCAAUCGCCGUACACGAAGUCAAUGAGGUUUGCUUAAAGAUCAUCUAUUUGGCUCUGGGUUCUGGUUUCGCAUCAUUUCUACAGGUCGCUUGCUGGAUGAUCACAGCAGAGAGACAGGCCACACGGAUAAGGAAUUCGUACCUGAGAACAGUUCUGAGGCAGGAAAUCGCUUUCUUUGACAAGGAAACAAGCACAGGAGAGAUAAUAGUGAAGAUAUCGAGCAACACCUUUCUCAUUCAAGAAGCCGUGGGCGAGAAGGUAGGAAAUUUCAUACAGUUCGUAGCGACAUUUCUAGGAGGCUUCUUCAUAGCUUUUGUGAAGGGAUGGCUAUUCACUCUAGCCAUGCUGUCCACCAUCCCGCCUCUUGUCAUAUGUGGUGCCAUCACGGUGAAGCUCACAGGCAAACUAAUGUCGCAUGCACAAGGCGCUUAUUCGGUUGCAGCGACAAUUGUAGAUCAGACAAUUGGCUCAAUCAGAACAGUUGCAUCUUUUUCGGGCGAAAAACAAGCCGUAAAGAAGUAUAACAAGUCACUUAUCAAGGCAUACCGGUUUGGAGUACAAGAGGGCUUGGUCGUCGGGUUGGGCUUCGGCAUGCUUAUGUUUACCGUGUUCUGCAGUUAUUCAUUCGCAGUGUGGCUCGGCGGGAAAAUGAUAGCUGAAAAAGGGUACACAGGAGGGCGUGUCAUUAACGUAGUCUUUGCAGUGUUGCUUGGAUCCUUAUCUCUGGGCCAAGCAUCUCCUUGUUUGAGUGCGUUUGUUGCUGGACAAGCUGCGGCAUUUGAGAUGUUUGACGCAAUGAAAAGGAAGCCGGAGAUCGAUGCCUUUGACAAAAGCGGAAAAAGGUUGGAAGCAUUGUCUGGACAUAUAGAACUAAGAGAUGUCUACUUCAGCUAUCCGACCAGACCGAAUGAGCGGGUGUUGAAUGCUUUGUCCCUGGUAAUACCUGGUGGUUCCACUGCAGCUUUGGUCGGGCAUAGUGGAAGUGGGAAAUCGACCAUCGUCAGUUUGAUCGAAAGAUUUUAUGAUCCACAGGAGGGCGAAAUUCUCAUUGAUCAUGUCAACAUCAGAGAGCUCCAACUCAGAUGGAUUAGGGGAAAAAUCGGUCUUGUCAGCCAGGAACCCGUGCUAUUUUUCGCAAGCAUCCGGGAUAACAUUGCGUAUGGGAAGGAUGGUGCUACAAACGACGAAAUAAUAGCAGCUGCUAAGGUUGCUAAUGCUGCUAACUUCAUCGACAUGCUGCCUCAGGGACUAGCCACCAUGGUUGGAGAGCAUGGAAUUCAUCUUUCUGGGGGCCAGAAGCAGAGAAUUGCCAUUGCUAGAGCAGUCCUGAAGGAUCCGAAAAUUUUACUACUCGAUGAAGCCACGAGUGCACUCGAUGUAGAAUCUGAACGAGUAGUGCAAGAGGCGUUGGACAGAGUUAUGAAGGAUCGCACUACUGUGGUUAUAGCCCAUCGCUUGAGUACAGUCAGGGACGCAGAUGUCAUCUGUGUGAUUGAUCAAGGGAAAAUUAUCGAAAAAGGUUCGCAUGAUGAGCUAGUCAAGAACUUUAAAGGUGCAUAUAGCCAGUUGUUUCGGCUUCAAGAAGCUGCCAAAGAGCCAGAAAGGACGCCCGUGAAAUAUUCAGACCAGAGUCAUCUCUUGUUUUCGGCUUCAUCCGGGCAGUCGCCUGAAUUCAGUUUUUCAUACUCAGACACAGCAUCUGAAAAAGGCCUCGGUACCAGCGAUUCCAAAGCAUCAUCACCAGCACCGGAAGUAUCUCUCACCCGUUUGGCCUAUCUUAAUAGCCCGGAGAUUCCGGUGUUGCUGUUAGGCGCGAUAGCUGCAGCUUGCAAUGGCAUCAUAUAUCCAAUUUUUGGCUCGAUGCUCGCUAGUUUGAUCAAAACAUUUUGCGAACCAGUGGAGGAUCUCCGAAAAGAUUCCAAAUAUUGGGCACUGAUGUUUCUGAUUCUGGGCAUGGCAUCCUUGGUGGUGACGCCAUUGAGCAUGUAUUUUUUUGCCGUGGCGGGGUGUAAGUUGAUCAAAAGAAUCCGGUCGAUGAGUUUUGAGAAGGUGGUACACAUGGACAUAGGUUGGUUCGAUGAAACCGAGCACUCGAGCGGUGCGAUUGGCGCAAGGCUUUCGACAGACGCGACGUCGGUGCGUCUUUUGGUGGGAGACACUCUUGCUUUGCUUGCGCAGAAUGCUGCGACAAUGAUCGCUGGGUUGCUCAUCGCUUUCAAAACAAACUGGGAAUUGGCUCUUGUGAUUCUCGCUUUGCUUCCCUUAAUUGGUAUCAGUGGAUAUGUUCAAAUGCAGUCCAUGAAAGGCUUCAACACAGAUGCAGAGAAAUUGUAUGGGGAAGCAAGUCAAGUUGCUAGCGAUGCGGUCGCCAACAUGAGGACAGUCGCAUCGUUCUGUGCCGAAGAAAAAAUGGUAGCACUUUAUCAAACAAAAUCUCGAGGCCGUCUAAAGGGAGGAGUUAGGAAGGGAAUUAUAAGUGGUAUCGGCUUUGGAUUAUCGUUCUUUCUUCUAUUUUUCGUCUAUGCUGUGAGCUUCCAUGUCGGAGCUGAGCUCGUCGGCCAAAAUAAGACAACUUUUCCUAAGGUUUUUCGGGUCUUUUUUGUAUUGACAAUGACGGGAAUCGGAAUUUCGCAGUCGAACUCCCUCGCACCCAAUGUGAGUAAAGCAAAGAGUUCGGUUGCUUCCAUAUUCGAAAUCUUAGACCUAACAUCUAAGAUCGAUGCCAGUGGCAACCGUGGAACUACUCUAGCAAAUGUGAAAGGAGACAUCAAAUUUCAUCACCUAAAAUUCAAGUAUCCAACUAGGCCUGAACUCCUAGUAUUCAAAGACUUCUGCUUGUCCAUCCACUCUGGUCAGUCAGUUGCUUUGGUUGGAGAGAGCGGGAGCGGAAAAUCGACGGUAGUAUCUUUGCUGCAAAGAUUUUAUGACCCUGAUUCUGGUCGAAUAACCUUGGACGGAGCCGAUAUACGGGAGCUAAACUUGGAGUGGUUAAGGGGACAGAUGGGUCUGGUGAGCCAAGAGCCUGUCCUGUUUAAUGACACGAUCCGUGCUAACAUCGCAUACGGGAAAGGCGGCAGUGCAACAGAGGCGGAGAUCGUAGUGGCGGCGGAGUUGGCCAAUGCUCACAAUUUCAUCAGUGGCUUACAACAGGGUUACGAUACAACAGUGGGCGAAAGAGGGAUUCAGUUGUCCGGUGGGCAAAAGCAGCGGGUGGCGAUCGCCAGAGCCAUAGUGAAAAACCCAAGAAUCUUACUGCUCGACGAAGCUACGAGCGCUCUCGACAUUGAAUCCGAGCGGGUGGUCCAGGAUGCCCUGGAUAGAGCCAUGGCGAGGCGGACCACAUUGGUGGUGGCUCAUCGGUUGUCCACGAUCCGCCGUGCAGACGUCAUCGCAGUGCUAAAAGAUGGCGCAAUUGUCGAGAAAGGGAGCCAUGAGACUCUGAUGAACAUGAGAAACGGAAUCUAUGCUACCAUGACAGCACCACAUGAUAGAGUUGCGUCUGUCAAAUGAGGCUAGUAACUCUGUUAAUCCAUCUUUUUCCAUUACCACUAAAGUUUUGAGUCUUGAUAUUGUAUAUUACACCCAGUGGAUAAAAUGAACACCAGCAUCUCAUGAAGUUGUGAAGAAUAUUCAUGAGAAAGAGGUGUCUGGUCCUCAAGUUUCUUGCUCUAAGAGAAGUGUGAAAAAGAUGGAAGACUAAGUUGGGCCUUUAACAUCAGAAAAUGCCUCCUCACCAACCAAGAACAUCUCCUUCUGUUCAAAUGCAUGUGUUUGUGACAAGAAAUUGAUAAUUUAACU